AUGUCGAACAAGCAGGGGAAAAUGCAAAAUCUGAUCAACUAUCGCAUGCGCGUUACGAUGAAGGACGGUCGACAGAUGACCGGUCAGAUGCUCGCGUUCGACAAACACAUGAAUCUUGUUCUCGCCGACACAGAAGAAUUCCGCAAGGUCAAGCGCAAGCAGAACCGGUCCGGUGCUCCCCCGGCCCCAGGCUCUGCUGCGGCUGCGGCGGUUGAAGCAGAAGAGAAGCGUACAUUGGGCUUGGUCAUUCUCAGAGGAACGAACAUUGUCAGCUGCAGUGUCGAAGGCCCUCCUCCCUCCGACCCAUCUGCACGGCUCGGCCAGUCUGCGCCAGGCGGAGCCCCCAGUGCUCUGCAAGCAGGAGUAGGAAUAUCAAAGCCAGCAGGACGUGGCCUGCCGGUCGGCUUGGGUGGCCCAGCCGCCGGCAUUGGUGGCCCGCCGCCGCCAGGAGGGUUUGGAUUUCCCCCAGGAGGUUUCCCAGGAGGAGCGCCGCCGCCAGGAUUUGGAGGAAGAGGAGGCCCAGGUGCACCUGGCGGCCCACCGCCGGGCUUUGGAGGUCCGCCACCUGGUUUCGGUGGUCCUCCUGGUGGCCCUCCAGCUGGUUUCCAGCCACCACCAGGAUUCCAAGGUGGCCCUCCUCCUCAAGGUAGAGGAUUCCCGCCGCCAGGAUUUGGAGGAAGAUAG